AUGAAGGAGGGUGGAUUGGAGACAUAUGGAGCAAGGGAAGAAGAGCUGAGAGAUUGGAUGAAAUUAACUGGUCUCGGUGCAGUGAGUGCUCAAGUUUCGACUUCACUGGAUGAUACUCUUCAGAUGGCAACACACAUGUGCAAAGGCACGUGCUAUAUUUCGCAGGCAAAUUCUCAUGCGCAGUACGCAAAGGGCAUGGUCAGAGCUAUUCCUAUACUAACAGCGGCUCGUCCCGCCGUGAGCAAUGCACAGAGUCCUGAUCGCAGUCCAGCUCUGCAUACUUAUUGCGCGCGCAACCCUCAAGCAUGA